AUGCCUCCCAAAGGGAAAGGUCCAAAAGGAACACUAAAGCCUUCUGUUUUAGACCCUCUAUGCACUUUUUGUGGGCUUCCUUUCAAGUCAAAGGGCAUAACACAGCACCAAAAAUCAUGCAAAUCUCGUCCUGAGGCAGUUGCUUCAGAUGCAAGAUCCAGGGCAUUUGAGGAACAGGUACAACAAGAGGGGUUAUUGGACCCUUUUAUCCCUGUGAUUGGGCCAAGCUCUGCCUACACUCCUCUUGGUAGCAUUCAUUUCCUCCCUUCCACUUUUUUCUUGAUUUUCCAAGCUGAUCAGUUCAAUCUAGGGUAUACACAUACUCAAUUGCAAGCAGGAAAUGUGGAAAAUACCUAUGAUGCAAACAUAGCAAUAUUCAAUGAAAAUGAAAUGAUCAACAACACCGAUAACAACAACACCGAGCCCCAUGGUGAAGUCCAUACUGACAAAGGGUCCUCUAGUCCAUUUGAGCAGGCACCACAGCUCAAUGUCAUCAAAGUGGAGUACCAUCCAAGAAGCGGACGCCAACCUCAAUUCUUUAGCUUUGAUGAGUACAAAAGCAAUUUCCAGGAUCUCAAUAGUGUCGACAUUCCAGUUGAUCCUGAGCCAUGGAAACCUUUCCGUUCUCGUCUCGAUUUUGAACUGGCAGAAUUGAUUCUUGAUACCCACAUGAAUAAGAAUCAAACGAAUGAACUCAUCUCCCUCAUCCAUCGAUGUAUUCUAGACCCCAAGUCUUUUACCUUGAAAAAUGAACCUGACUUGUCAAAAAUUUGGGAGAAUGCUGCAAAUCAGGCAACUACGUUUGAGAAAACAACAAUCACAGUAGAGUAUAAUGAUGAAGAUAAACCCUUUGACAUUUGGACACGUCCAUUGUGGAGUUGGGCUGAGGAACUUCUUCUUGACCCCCACAUUGCCAGGGAAUUUCAUUGGGAUGCUGAACAUCAUUACAGAUUUAAUGGGGAGACUUAUGAACGAUUCAUUGAUGAGCCCUGGACAGCUGAUGCAUGGUGGGAAAUUCAAAUAAAAACAGGCUAUCAUCCUUUGGCACUGCAAAGGGCUACCCUGCCAUUGCUGUUUGUGCCCAUCUUCCAACAUCAAUUCGAAAUGGGGAAAAGAGGGGGAAAAGAGUUUGUGUUGGAUGGUUUCCAGUUUGCCCCACCUAUUCCUGCAGGAAUCCUGCAGGAAUGGGGUCAUUCCAGUGGAAUUCCAGGGGAAUCCUGCAGGAAUAGAGUCAUUCCAGUGGAAUUCCACAGGAAUUCCAGUGGAAUAGGACUGGAAUCAAGCAGAAAGUCAUAG